UAGUAACUUGUUUGAAGGAAACUAAAUGGACGUCUCUAUUUAAUUGGACAAACUUGAUGAAUGUGGAUGGAUUGUGAACUUUCUGAAAUACAAACAACAUCCCGGCUUCGAAAAGAAUUCCAAUUGAUAUGGAGCUGGUCACACUGGCUAAGGAGGUGUUCCAGAGUAUAGCGGAGCAUGCGGCGAGCUACCGCCUGGGGCAGUCGGUGCUAAGACACCUCGACCGAACGCUAUGGGUCGUCGAGAAAUGUGCAAGAUGGGCCGUCCCACCGCCAUUCGAUCAAGAUGAGCGUCCACAGCCAGAAUUAGUUCGACCCCUACCAUGGGUGUUCUUCCUGGCUCUCAUAGUGGCGUUACGAAUCACCAGAGAGUCUAUAUCACUCAUCAACCUUGUUAUGGGAAAACCGCCACUAAGAUCUGCUGAUGUGGUCAUGUACAUACAAAGCCAUCGUCGCUACCUGCGCACCCUAAAGUACCAGGGCAACAGAUUGAGCCGCGCCCGCACCAGUAGCGGGCAGCCGCGCCAGUCCUGGGCGUCAGCGCUGCACUCACUAUUCGAGUUCACCAUGUGCUUUCGACGAAACUCACAACAUUAUGGAAAUAAUAACAGCACCCAUGUCAGCAAUAAUGAGGAAGUUUUAGUGGUAAAGAGAAGUAAACGCGGUCGAGAGCACGCGAGCCCCACAGCUUCCACCAGCGAAACCACCAUGGAGCGACUUAUUGAGAAGAUGAUGGUCGAUUUAGACGCUGAUUCUGAUGAAGAUUCCAGUUUUACGUUGACCAACGUGACAAGUCCAAAGAGCGAUAGAUCAGAUUUCACAACGGAAUCGGACCAGGACACGAUUUACCAGAACAAUGUCUCAGACAAGGCAAAUGAGACGAACGGCCCUAUCGACUCGCCAUACUCCCCCAACAUGUCCGAGGCUCCCUGCUCCACCCCAGAAAGAACAGAAGAAGUUAUCACUGAACCUGAAUCACCAGUAAUAGAGAAGGAAGAAGAAAAAACCGAAAAUGAGAAGAUAGAAGACUCUUCAACAGAACAAGAAGUACUUUCACCCAAAGAAGAAACAUUAAGGUUUAUACAGCAUGAGACAGCUCCAUCAAAAAUUCCCCGCUCACCGAACAAUGAACAGAAAAUCGCCAACGGGCGAGUAAAGAGUGCGCCUGGCAAAAAGAAAGGAACCCCAAUAGUGGAGAAAGAGAAAGAUAGAAGAGACUCGCAGGGUGGGAAGAACGCAUCAUCAAACAGCAUGUAAGGGAGGAUACAAAGUAAAUCUCACACAGUCAAUCAUGAGAUGCUGCCGUGCAGUUUGUGAAUAGUUUUAUAAGUAACUGUUUAAUUACCCGCUAAAAUAUAUGCUCAUUAAGUUCACGUCGUCUACAAAAAAAAAGGUUGAAAUACUAAUUUCAAUAUAAACUGUAAGUAGUUUCAUAUAUU